AUAUUAAAUUAAACAGUUUCGAAACUAUAUUAAAAUAACAUCCACUAAAAGGGUUAAAGUAUUCGUUUAUCCACGUGAUGACAACAUUAUUUAACACAGAACGCCACAAGCAUUCAAGUGCAUUGUCCUCUUUGCUUCGGUGGCCGCUGUUGAUAAUUCACCAUGGAAUUUCCGCUUGUUAUUGCCAUUGCCUUCGGAAUAAUUGCUCAAUCAAUGGAAGGUGGAGCGAUUAGAAAAAAGUGCUUCUCUAAGAUCUGCUCCAGCAACCCCUCCAAUAUGAUGCGAGUAUGGGAUAGAUUUGGCAGUGGAGCCUUUGGGGCCCCAAGGUGUUGCGAGAGGGAUGGGACUCGCUGGGCCAACAAAGGAAUUGAUAUCAUGUGCUCUGCUGGUUCGAGGGUAUAUGCACCUUUUCCUGCUAGAGUUCUCUAUUCGUACAGGCCGUUCUUGAAAAACAGGAGACCGCAUAAUGUUGCGAUACGCCUGCGAGGAACUGGAGCAUGGAGAGGUUAUGGUGUGAGGUUGUUUUUCGUAAAGAAGAGAGCUCGCAAUGGACGUUACGUUUCUGCUGGAACUUUCAUUGGUUACAUGACCAACAUGGCGCCCGAGUAUGGCUACGGUAUGACUAAUAGUAUUCAAGUGCAGGUUGACAAGAAUGGAGUGACAAUCAACCCAACUAAGUUUUUCUGUUAAGUCUAUGCACCAGGAGCGAAGGAUAACCUAAUGUAAAAGCAUGAUUAAAGGACAAAAGUCUCUUCGUCUGCUGUUUGGUCUCUGAGUAUUUUUAAUUUAAAAUAAUUGAUACAUUCAAAUCAUGAAAUAAUAAACUAAACAUGAGCAGUAUCUACCUAAAAUCAAUACUCUCUCUUUCGGAUAAUAAAAGCCGUUCAAAAAUUA